AUGCCACCACCUACCGAGUUAAGUUUUGAGGAAAUACUUAAGUUUAUGUUAGCCCAUAACGGAAAGGUUACAAAUCAUGCGUUAGUGAAGCAUUUCAAAGUGUUUCUCAUGAAUUCCGACAAGAAAGAUGAAGCCAGGAGUACGUUCAAGAAGCAUGUGAACACUCUAGCCAUAAUAAAGAAUCAAAAUAAUGAGAAAUUGCUAAUACUGAAGAAAAAGUACUUUCCAAAGGAGGGUGAGGAAGCAGGAACCUCUAAAGUACCUGACUCUCCCAGUGCCCCAGUUAUGGAUUCUCCAAUAGAGAACAAUUUAGCACCUCCUCCAUACCGGCCUCCACCGCCAUUGCAACUUAAUCAAGAUUUCAAUAUAUUAUCUAACCUCAUACCAGAGACAGCCUCAAACACUACAUUAGAAAUGCCUUAUAAUGUGUCGAAAGAGAGCUUAGCAUCAAGUGUUGCUGAAGAGGUCCCCCCUAAGAUACACCCAAGAAGGAAAUCGUCAGAUAAAUCGUGUAGCGAGAAACGCUCAAGUAUUGCCAGCACAAAAUCAGGUCACAGGUCUUCUAUACCCAAUCAAGAUGUUUUCGAGGAUGAGAAUAUGCCUCCCGCUUUGUCAACAUCUAAGAGUGACAGUAUGUUAGUUGAGAAUGAGCAAACCAUUUCUGUGAAAGAACGCAAGAAAAUGUUCAACAGAAUGGCUUCGGAAAGUGAUGUAUUGAAGUCAAAUAGAUCAAACACCACUUAUCCACAGAGUGUCGAUGAAGAAGACCGAGCCUCGAAAGGCGAAGCCGAUCCUUUGGAUUCGAAACAAAAACAGUGGAUUCUGUGCGCAGCACGAGGGGAGUACCAUGCACUCGCAAAAAUGUGCAAAGAAAAUCCAAAACUCGUCAAAACUAAGGAUCCUUUUACGGUAAGUGCCGCAGUACCGCAUAGGACAUCCACGCUAACAGCUUGA